AUGAAGGAGGAGGAGGAGUGCGGUGAAGGAGUGACGGAGGAGGGAAAGUACUACGAGAUCCAGGUGGAGAUGCCGGGGCUCCACUCCAACGAGGAGACGCUUACGGCGGCAUCAAGGCUUUCUGGAAUCGCAGAGGUCGCCGAUGAUGUCACAGCAAAGGUCGCCGAUGAUGUCACAGCCCAUGACGACAUUUCAUUGAGCUCGGGGUCGUUCAGCCUGUUAGGAGGCGGCGGCGGCGGCGGCGGCGGCGGCGGUGAUGAGGUCACAUGUGGGCGGCGCUUGUCACGGCUGCUGCAGGAGCUGAGGAAGACGGUGCUGCCGGCUCAUUGGGUAGCUGUUCUGGCUGACGGACCUCUGCUGCAGCUGCUGCAGUGCUCCAGGCUGUCCUCCAUGCUCACCACCAUCAUCCACAUCCAGCCGGAUCUCUGCUUCUUCAUCACUGUAGAGAACCAGCUGCUGCCAGACACACACACUCUGUACCAGACACACACACAGCGGAUCACACGCCUGAGCCAGCUGGUGUCUCUGCUGUUGGAGCUUGAAGGGUUCGUCGUCUGUCGAGACUCGAGGGUUCGAUCCUGCCACCUGCUGGUCGCCCCGCCCCGCCUCACCUGUCUGCCCUGCCGGCUGGGGGACGAGGGGGAGGAGGAUGAAGAAGAAGAGGAUGAAGAAGGAGAGGAGGUGGAGGAGGAUAUAAGUGACAAACAGAGCUGACUAUAAGUGUUUAUUAAUGUGGUCAUACUGUCAUCAUACAGAAGGUAACGCUGCAGCCUCAGCAGACCAGCCUCCACUGGAACAAUGCUCUCAUGCUGUUGUGAGAGGCAUUCUGGGAAAUGUAGGCAAUCACAGCCUGCAGUAGAUGAGUCUGGCUGAUCUUCUUCAGUUGAAAGUGUUGUAAAAAUUUAACUUCAAGUCUCCUAUUUAUCAGUAAUAAUCAGCACAUAGACAGUUAAUAAAUGGUUUAUAACACAGACUAUAGUGUAGUUAUAAGCAGAUUUAAGGACAUUUUAAGUGUUUAUUAAAGGAUAGAUUCAGAUUUUUUCUUAAUUCAGUACUGAUGUGGAAAAAACUUGAACGUAUCCUUUGAUGUACAGUAUUUGUCAACAAUUAUAAUUUCUCUUAUGAAGAGAUAUUUU